GAGAGAGAGAGAGAGAGAGAGAGCUCUGAAAACCCUACUUAUUGGACUCUCAAAAAACCCUAGCUCAAGCUCUAGAUCCUACGUUUUGCUUGCGGGAAGCGGAAGGAUGAUGGCCGAUUCAAACAUGGAAAAGGUCAGGUUUAUUGAAUCGAUAGAAAGAUGGCUUACAUGCAAUGCUAAAACCGUUCUUUCUUGCUCGCUCACAGUGACCUUUUUCUUUCGCUAGUUAUAUUAUGAUUUGAGUGGGAGCGUUGGAGAGAUUGGUUGAAAGGCUUUGGAAUUCAUGCAUUUGGAAGAAAACCCUUCUCAAUAUUUAAAGUGGUGAUGUGAAAAAAAAUCAAGAAAAGGACUUUGUGGAGUACCCUUCAGUCUAAAACUGCUACAUGUUCAUAGGAUUUUAUCACUGAGGUAGCGAAGAGAAUUCAUUUUUCGAUCGAUUCAUGUAAUGUUAGACACUCAUCAGAAAUGGAGAGAAUCCCUGAAUCAAAGACACUACCCAGGCAAUUCCCAGUUACAGAGAAGGUAUCAGAUUUUCAUGGCUCUUUGCCGAGAGCGGAAAUGGCUCCAAGAGUACAUUUUCCCGUUGAUUCAUGUAAUGUUAGACACUCAUCAGAGACAGAAAGAAUCCCUGAAUCGAAGACACUACCUGGACAAUUCGCAGUUGAUGACAAGGUAUCAAAUUUACAGGUCUCUGUGAUGCGAGCGGAAGUGGCUUCAAGAAUACAUUUUCCCGUUGAUGUAUGUAAUUCUAGACACUCAUCAGAGGUGGAGAGAAUCACUGAACCGAAGAUGCUACCCAGGGAAUUCCUAGAGGUGGAGAGAAUCCCUGAACCGAAGAUGCUACCCAGGCAAUUCCUAGAGAUGGAGAGAAUCCCUGAACCGAAGAUGCUACCCAGGCAAUUCCUAGAGAUGGAGAGAAUCCCUGAACCGAUGAUACUACCCAGGCAGUUCCUCGGUGCUGUGCCAAGAGCGGAAGUGGCUCCAGCCGGGGCACAAAGACCUCAAAAAUUGGACCCGCCUGUACUUGUACAAGCAUGGAAAGGAAAAUGUUCUUUCCAGGAACCGAUGGAAUUUAUAUCCGGGGCUGCUGCAUUUAAGGCCAGCAAUGCAUGUGAUGAAGGGGGCCCUAGCUCAUUCUCUGGGGCGAGUCAUCCCCCUGAACCUGUUGAUACUGAUCUGAUGAGAACUGUGUAUGUUACAAUUGAUCAAGACAAGUCCGAGAGAGGAUGCCUCGUGAAAAGUCUUUCUGUGAAGGGUCCUUUUCCUGAAGAUCUUUCAGUUCGAGUUCCUGGUAUGAAACCGGGCAUGGCUGUUCUUUUGAAAACAGAAAGCCCUGUUGAGGAGUCUAAAGAGUUAGAGGCAUCAUCGUCAUCAUCUCCAUUUCUGGUUCCUCGUGCAUCACAAACUACAGAGAACACAGUCCUUCCUCAUGAUUCUGAGGAGGAGUGUGUAUGGGAUGCUUCCUUGCCUCCCAGUGGCAACAUAAGCCCACAUAGUAGCAUUGAUAGUACUGGUGUUGUUACGGCUAUGAGUGUCGUCAAUAGUUGCACAAGCACAUACAGAAGCGAUGGGAUAACUAGCGAUGGCAUGCUUAGCAUGGAAAAGAAUUGUGAGAGUGCCAAGGGGAGCGUUAUAGGAGAUUCUCUUGAAAGUGGGAAAACUAGCAUUAGUAGAGCAAGCAAUAGCAGUGGCCUUAGCGAUGAAAGCAAUUGGAGUAAUAUUACUGGGAGUGCUAAUAAGCCUCACAAAGGAAAUGACCCUAGAUGGAAGGCUAUUCUGGCUGUUCGGGCGAGGGAUGGGAUUUUGGGGAUGAGCCAUUUUAGAUUGUUCAAGCGGCUUGGCUGUGGUGAUAUUGGCAGUGUGUAUCUAUCAGAGUUGAGCGGAACCCGGUGCUACUUUGCAAUGAAGGUGAUGGACAAGGCAUCUCUUGCAAGUAGGAAGAAGUUGACAAGGGCUCAGACUGAAAGGGAAAUAUUGCAGCUGCUGGAUCAUCCUUUCCUGCCAACUUUGUACACCCAUUUUGAGACAGACAGGUUUUCGUGUUUGGUCAUGGAAUUCUGUCCAGGAGGUGAUUUGCACACUUUGAGGCAGCGACAGCCAGGGAAGCACUUCCCUGAGUAUGCAGCGCGGUUUUACGCAGCGGAGGUGCUUUUGGCUCUCGAGUAUCUACACAUGCUGGGUGUCGUUUACCGGGAUUUAAAACCGGAAAACGUUCUUGUCCGUGAUGAUGGUCACAUUAUGCUUUCAGAUUUUGACCUCUCUUUAAGGUGUGCAGUUUCACCAACCCUGAUAAAAGCGUCGUUUUUUGAGUCUGACCCCUCCAAACGGGCUGCUGGUGCAUUUUGCGUCCAACCUGCAUGUAUCGAGCCAUCUUCUGUGUGCAUCCAACCCUCAUGCUUUAUACCACGGAUCUUCCCUCAGACAAGCAAGAAAAAGAGCAGAAAACCACGGGCAGAGCUUGGACAUAUGGUCUCAACCCUGCCAGAGCUUGUUGCGGAGCCAACUGCAGCUAGGUCCAUGUCUUUCGUCGGGACCCAUGAAUAUCUGGCUCCAGAAAUCAUCAAGGGUGAAGGACAUGGCAGUGCAGUGGACUGGUGGACAUUUGGUAUUUUCUUGCACGAGCUUUUAUAUGGAAGGACUCCGUUCAAGGGAUCGGGCAACCGGGCAACAUUGUUCAAUGUGGUUGGCCAGCAGCUGAGAUUUCCUGAUUCACCCGCAACCAGUUAUUCAAGCAGGGAUUUGAUUAGAGGCCUGCUGGUGAAGGAGCCCCAGCAUAGGCUUGGGGUGAAGAGGGGGGCGACCGAGAUCAAGCAGCACCCGUUCUUCGAAGGUGUUAACUGGGCACUGAUACGUUGCAGCACGCCACCAGAGGUGCCAAGGCCUGUGGAGGCAGAGCUUCCUGGGAAAUCUGGGUUGGCUGAGGGAGCAGUUGGGACAGCUGGGGUGGGGAGCACCAGCAAAAGGAUGGUCGGGGCAGACAUGAAGUCUGGGGGUAAAUAUCUAGACUUCGAAUUCUUUUAGUUUUGCUAUUGUGGAUUCAUAGUUGUUGUAUUAGUAUAUGAUUAGUUCCAUCCGCUUGCAUCGCCCAUUGUUUUCUUCAAUGCACACCGUGUAGGGGUUUGCGUAGCUGGAUGCUAACUGCUUCUCUGCAUAAAUCAUAUACACGACUUGUACA